AUUAUUUUUUAUUUUCUACCGUUGCACUUUCGUUUCUUCCACUCGUAAAUCUAGACGUUUCGGCGCGCGCCCUGUAGCUUAAGCGCCCACCAACGUCAUCAGCGUAGCGGGCCGAGCUGCCCACGUUGGAGCUAACUUAGCCUUAGCCAACAUUUAGCGCUACGAGAAACCUUCAUUCACUAAGACAUCACGGCUACAACACUGCGCGAGAGGCUUGCACUGCACAUCCAACGCACAGCCUCAUGAGACGGUUCGCCAGCACAAUGGCGACCAAAACCUCUAGAAAGUUUGCUCCUCUACGAGCAGGCGCAAAUUCAGACGCACCCAAGCUCCGAGGCAUCGUCUUCGACAUGGACGGCACACUCUGCCUGCCGCAAAAUUACAUGUUCCCACUCAUGCGAGAUGCACUUGGGAUUUCGAAAUCGGUAGAUAUUCUCGACCACAUCAAGUCCUUGCCUACGGCAGAGCAGGAAGCCGCCCAUGAAAAGAUCCAGAACAUCGAGCGUGAAGCUAUGGUAAAGCAAGCUCCUCAGCCUGGCUUGGAUGCUCUGAUGAGCUAUCUUGAUUCAAAGGCCGUUCCAAAGGCUAUUUGUACCCGCAACUUCCCACUCCCUGUCGAGCACCUGGUCGGUAAAUUUCUGACCAACCAUAAACCGUUCGCGCCGGUGGUUACUCGAGAAUUUGAACCGCCUAAACCGCACCCUGCCGGUAUUUUGCACAUUGCCAAGGCAUGGGGACUCUUGUCCGAGGAUUGUCAAGGGGAUGCAACUGGGCUUAUCAUGGUUGGGGAUUCUAUCGAUGAUAUGGCGGCUGGUAGAGCUGCCGGUGCUGCGACGGUAUUACUCACCAAUGCUGCGAACGCCCAUCUCAAGGAACACGAUUGCACUGAUUUAGCCAUCACUCAACUAGAUGAGCUUGUAGAUAUCUUAGAGCGUGGCUUCGUUGCCAGCAUAGAGUAAACAUUCGCCAUCAUUACUACAGUAUAACUAACAUUGGAUAUUCGUUAAACUUCAAAUAUAUUGAACAUUAUCAAAUGCAUCAUGUGCGCUAAAAGAAAUCCUCAAUGAAAGUUCCUACCAUCCUCUUCGCUGAACAAAAAUAUACAUCCGGCGAUACUUCUGAUUCAAUGUUCCAUAUCGUCAAUUUCUCAAUGGACCGACUGAGAAGCUUCUCUCAGCCCAACAGUAACAAAAAAAAGGAAAAGAAAAGAAGCGCUAAAGAUCGGCGUAGUUGCUUACAAUUCGACAGACGUAUUUGUUUGUUUAUUUGUUUUUAAAAGGUUGAGAUAGUGAGCUUCCGCUGCGCCCUCAGUACCUGCUGCUAGGACUAGGGUUGGCAGGAAUGCCGUAUUGCAUGUGUCUGACUGCAGGCCGCUCAGUCCGAUCAGAUCUUUCCGAUCUCUCGGAUCUAUUGGAUCUAUCAGCUUGUCUUGGUCGUUCUGCUCGCUCCGUCCUUUCGCUUCUAGAACUUCUGUCGCUGCGCAUAUCAUCAGAGACAGGGUAGGCAGGAGGUGUAGGUAGAGGUCCGCCAGGAGGACCUGAUCGAACAGGUAGACUAAAUGUAGCCGCAGUGGCUGUAGACGGCCCUGACGAGGAAUCGCUGUAGCUUGGCGACGGUUGUGGGCUAACAAUUUGCCGUGCGGAUGGGGGUGGAUGGGCCGCCACAGGUGUCUUCACGGAACUUGUAUCAGCCACAGCCGCCGGUCUUGGAGCGGGUCGGCGUGUAGACAUCUUAGUCAGGAGUCUUUGGAUUUCCGCUCUUGGUUGCCUUCUCGCUAUAAUCUGAGCAGGGCCCAUCCUGUUGCGUUCAGCUUGCUCAGCUUCAUACAGUUCUCUCAAUGAUGGAGCACCAGAGUGCAGCAGGUGCGAUUUGCGGUUAUCCCGAUUCAUCAUACUGAUGGCCCAGGCUGCAACAUCCACAGGUGUUCGCUUCGCAGCUUGGAUAAAGGAAUCGCGUUCCUAUUUUAAUAUUAGCAUAUAGACACUGAGGUCAGCUUCGACAGAGGAAACAUACCAAGAGAGCUUGAGGUGUUGGUCGAUGUUCAGGCUGUUUGGCCAUACAUAGCGAAAUCAUGUUAGUCAAAAUGCUUGGGAAAGCAUCUGAUUCUGGCAGCGUUGGGGGAGGUUCAUGAACAAUCCGUUGAAGCAAGUCCAAUAUACCGAGGGGUCGUGGUCCCUUUCCGUCUUCCUCCUCUUCCUCAUCUUCUGGCUCUCCAGGCUCUCCAGGCUCUCCAGGCUCGUUGGCCUCGUUAGCCUUUGCAGCAGGGACGAAUGGGAAAGAUCCAAUGGCAAGUUCCAUGAUGGUGAGACCAAAACUCCACACGUCCGACUUGACAGUGUAUUUGUCACCUUGGAUUCUUUCAGGCGCCAUGUAUGUGGAGGUGCCUACAAAGGUAUCGGCGAUGGAGUUGAUGAGUUCUCCAGACACGCCAAAGUCGCAGAGUCUAAUAUCUCCCUUCGAGUUGAUUAGAAUGUUUGAGGGCUUGAUAUCACGGUGCAUAAUGUGAUGGUUUUGGUAUAGGUAUGUCAGUCCGCCAAGUGUGGCA